AUGUCCAGUGAAGAUCCAUCUCGAACUGGUGCUUCGAGAAGGUCGUGUUCCCCGCAGACUUUUCGAACUCAGCAAGACCUUAAACCCGAACAGCUCACCCAAGGUAGCAUAUCUUCUCCUGGACCGUUUUCGGCUUCCGUAGAUGGGCUAACUCAGCCUCACACAGACUACUUAGCUCGCUGUAAAACAGGACAAUUCCAUAAAGGUAGUAUGUUUAUGACAACGGGCGACAAGGUAAUACCUUCUACUCCGGGUGAGGGUCAUCUCCGGCUUCUUGAGAAAACGCUGAACAUGGGUGUGGCUAAACUGGAAAAUGAGUGUAGAACGCAGUGCAGCCUGCUUGCAGAUUCCGCAACUGAUCGAAAUCCCCCGGUUCCAAUGAGCUCACCGUACAUCACUGUUAUGGGCGAAGCAGUUAGCUGGCGUCACUGGACUACAGAAAAUCAUGGAUCUAAGGACGGGGAGUUGGUCCAUAAUGGUCAGAACGCAGUCGGCUUCGAACGACAAAAGGAUACAAUGGAUGUCGGUAAAAGCCGUCGAAUUUCACAGAGUCCUUUAACUGAGAUCGACACCAUGUCCGAUGGACCACUUUUGAAAAGGCGGAACCUAGCAAAACAUGACCAGUUGGGGGUAGACAACGAAGAAGAGGAUGAAGAGGAAAUCUUAGCCCAACUGGAAACUGACGCAGAAUACGGCGAGUUCGUCUCGGAUAACUAUAAUGACCUUGAAAGACAUGAGUUAAACCGUAGUCUCAAGUCAGAUAACCUUGAAUGUGAAUUGGGCAUGGAAUUUAUGAGCCAGUCGCCUGAUAAUUUCACGCAUCUGUUUGGUCGGCAUCGACAACAGCAUUCGUGUGUCAACAACCACAACAGAUACCACGCACAAUCAUCUCCACCACUCCUGACGGCCUGCGACCUCCCAGCAAGUGAGGGUUCUUCUCAAGCAAGUGUUGGCAGCGACAGUGGGACCGGCCAGUGUAUGGGCGGACAAUUGAGUGGCUGUGGUACGGGAGCAGGCACAAAACGUCGCGGGCCAAGGACCACAAUCAAAGCGAAGCAGCUGGAAACUUUGAAAGCUGCGUUUGCCGCUACUCCGAAGCCCACAAGACAUGUGCGUGAGACGCUGGCCCAGGAGACCGGUUUGUCUAUGCGUGUGAUUCAGAACCGACGAAGUAAAGAACGACGUAUGAAGCAGCUCAACGCACUCGGUCCCCGGCGGUCUUUCUACCGAAACCCUCGACGCCUUCGUGGAAUCCGAGCUUCUUUGGGUUCGGCAGAGUUAAACAACGAAGCCGCACUGGAGUUGAUAACGAACCCGACCUAUCAUGGAUACUUGGUUGAGAAUAAUCCGGACUUUUAUAACGUCAUCGCCGCAGCAGUGGCUGUAUCGUUCAACUCAUCCGGGCCGAUUCCAUUGGCUUCAGUGAACUACCAUACAGCCCAUGACUCCGGUCCCAUUCCAUGUGAGCUGCGCUCAAACAGCGUUGAGAUGCAGGCCUUUCGUCCAUCACCCCUGGAGCAAUUUGGACACUCUCACCUUCCCGGAAGUUAUCCAGUGCCUCCACUACCUCCGUUUCUUCAGCCUCCUAACUGUUCGCCCUACGGAACUGCCAGUUUUUUACCCACUCCUUUUGCAAACGUCUCAGGACGUUCCGAAAACAACAACAACAACAACGACUUACGCUACCAAAUGCCAAUCUGUCUACCUCAAGGUCACACAGCAACCAGCCCACAAUCCUCGACACUUUGUAAAAUUCCUGCUUUCGGUCGUUCAGCUUCUCCCGCUUUGGCUCUUGCCGGUUGUCCAAACGCGCUGGGGUCUCAGGUAUACCAGUCAGAUUUACCAGGUGCACUGAUCUCUCCAGUAUUCAUGAACACAUCACAUCCCUUGCCACCCAUGCUUAGUGGUCGUCCCAACAACGGCACUAACAUUUGUAGUCCAGUACCGAUGCUUUGA